ACUGUUAAAUAACUAGUUAGGUCUGGAGUUAACCAUGGCGUUCUCAUCUAAUCGGGUUUCCAAAGGUUUAAUUCUUCUUUUAAUCGGCGUUUUCUGCUUAAUAAAUAUUGCCAAUGGGGCAUACCAAGUGUCAGUGAUGGGGGCCCGUAAGCAACGCCAUUGUGUUUCGAUUUCAUCCCCGGUCUUUAAUGGCACACAUCUACGUGUGAAAAGGCAAGGUUGUCAAGAUGGGACCUACAAGCAUGAAGGCAGAGACUGUUGUCUCUGUGCAGCAGGUCAGCGGUUAAAGAAUCACUGCACUACAUCUCCAGAUGACAGAGAAUGUGAAUUCUGUGAACCUGGUAUUUCCUAUAACAGUGAGCCCAACUCUAAGGAGUCUUGUGAACCCUGCACAUCCUGUUCUCAUGAAAACGCUAACUUAGAAGUAGAUGAACCUUGCACCCCUUAUAAAGAUACAAAGUGCAAGUGUAAGGCCAACCACUACUGCAACAGUGGAACCUGCAAAAUCUGCCAACCAUGUGACAAAUGUGACGCUACCGGUGUGAAAGAGCCUUGCACAGCCACCAGCAAUGCAGUUUGUAACGAGUCAAAAAGUUUAGGAGGUGGAGAAAUUGCUGCCAUUAUAAUUGCAGUUUUGUUCCUUGUUCUUGUGGCGGUAGGAGUGUACAUAAAGAGACAGACAAUAAUGAAGCGACUAAGACCAAAUUCAGACUCAUCAACCCCCUCUAACCACGUGGAUGUCCCACUCCUUAAAGUGAACAUGGAGCCUCACCUACUAGAUUUUGCAGAAAUACUGGGAUGGAAGGACAUGAAGCUAGUAGCACAGAAGUGUGAUAUGGGGACUGCAAUUGAAAAUUUAGAGAUAAGCCACCCCAAAGAUAUUGAGGAUAGGACCAUAGAACUACUAAAGAAAUGGAUUGAGAGGACCGGCAGUAAUGCCUCAGUGGAGCUGAUAAAGGUGCUUCGUAGGAAUGGCAAAAAUAACAAAGCAGAUAAGAUUCAACAGAAAUUGAAAGAAAUUAACAGUUCUUCACAAAGUAAUUCUGCCUAACUGGGUCUAAAUCUUUUUAAAUGUGUGUCUCAUUGAUGGAAUAUAAUGUCUUGAUUUUGCACACUCUGAACCAUCUACAUGAUGAACAUCUAUUCUUUCAAAGACAUUUGAGUUUGGAGUGUGCCUUUUUUUUAAAUCUUUAUAUGAACUUUAAAAAAAACAAAGUGUUUUUUAAAAGUGAAAGGACUCCUGUGAUCUACAGUGCUGGUACACCUGCGUUCAAGAAACCAUUAAGUAUGUUCUCACCUUUUCUUUGUGGUCGGUUCUCUUUACGCUCCGUUACACGUGUUAAAGUCGGGAAUCCUCAAAGACGUUCUCUCUGCAAGGACUGAUCUGAAAAGAAGAGCCAGAUGCAGAAGCAUCUGAAAAGGUCAAAAAAAUGUAAAGCAACUCAGUUUAAUAGGUUAUUCCAUCCCAUUAAUUUAAGCUGAGUUAGAGGCUGUAGUUUUAUUAUAUGUUUUUAAAUUACCAUAUAUAAACUAGAUGUGAUGUCCUGUUUUCUGUUAUGUAUGUAAUGCAUGUCCCUUUUUAGUUUCUAGAUUUAACGGGUAUAUAGAUUUUCUCAGGAAUAAAGUUGCUGAAAUUUACCAAUCUACCUAAAUAAUGAGCAAAACAAUAAACUCAAGUGGCGAUCGGCUUUAAUUGGUAAAUAAGCUUGUUAAAACAAAUUGAACAAAAUGAAUGUGAUUCUGUGACAUAUUGUAAUUUUACACAGUAAAUGAAUUGAAUGGAAUAGCACAUUAAAUCCCCCUGGGAAGGUAAAA